AUGCCAAGAUCGACUGGAGGAGAAUUUAUUCCAGCUCAUCCUAAAAUUGAGCGCACUUUUCAUCGACUGCAAAGAGAGACUAGAGAAGCACAAUUGCAAAUGGCUAACGAACCGAACAACUCUAUUAUCCCAGCUAACGAAAGAGAGGCGGUAGACGAAGGAAAUGAGAUUUUGGGAGAUUUCUUGACUCCUCAAUUCUUCUCACCAACCAAGAUAGUGAAACUGAGGCAUGAGAUAUUGAUAUUUAGUCAAGGGGAAUUUGAAUCAUUUAAUGAAGCAUGGAAUAAAUUCAAAAACAUGCUCCGGAAGUGCCCUCAAAAUGGGUUCGAUAAAAAGACCCAAAUCCGAUUCUUCUAUACAGGGUUAUUCCCGUACUUCAUAAGCAUGGUAGACUCAUCAUCAGAUGUCUCAAUUUCCACACGAACAAUUGAUGGAGCACUUGAAUUAUUUGAGAGAAUGGCUACCACUUCAGCUAUGUGGUCCUCUGAGCGAGUGAUUCAGAAGAAGCCUCCGGGUGUCUAUGAGGUAGAUGCAUAUUCAGUCUUAUUAGCAAAGAUUGACUCACUAUUUCAAAAGGUGGAAAGCAUAUCACAGUCAGCAAAUGCAACAUAUUCACGGAAACCAAAUUGUGAAGAAUGUGGAGCGAAUCAUAGUACGACAGAAUGCCCAAUUCUGUCACAAGGAAUGGAACAAAUAGAGUAUGCACAAUGGGGUCAACAUGAACAAAACUAUCAAAAUUCAGACACUUUCAAUCCCAAUUGGAAAGAACAUCGAAAUCUCUCAUGGGGUGAUGGAACAGAUGGCACUCGCUAUGACGAAAAGGGCAUAGAUACGUUACCAAGUAAUACUGAGUUGAAUCCUAGGGAGCAUGUUCAAGCGAUCACAACUCGAAGUGGGAUGCAACUACCUGAAAGACACGUUGAGAGGCCGAGUGUAAACAAUGAGACAACAUUAUCUACAGAAGAAGAGAUUGUACAGCAAGACGAGCGGACACAUGAAUCCACACCAAAGGAGAAUUCAGAGACUUCACUGGGUAAGGCCAACAUUUCAGUUAACCCCUAUGAGCCACCCAUUCCAUUUUCCUAG